AGGAAAAACCAGAAGAGAUGACGAGCCUUUCUAACACGGAUGACAGAUUUUCAGCCAUCAGCAAAGAGGCAAAAAGUUGAAACAAAUAACCUAGCAACACCUCCAUCUUCUGACAUAGGGCGAUCUUUAUGUAUUCAAAACACCGGCGAUAAAAUCAUAGCUCAAGAAAGAAGGGAAAACAAGACAAACAUGGAUCCUCAGUCAAAAAGAGAUGAAGACAGUUUGCCAGAUGAAAAGUUAAAAAAAGCUGGACUUGGACAGCCACAGAAGAUCAGAAAUACACUUGAACGUUGGUUGCUUAAGCCUUCAAAAAGUCCAAACGCAACUGAAAAGUGCCCAAACCAGAAAGAUGUGGGAGUGACUGACGGCCUUGGGUUUCAAAGCAGUUCAGCCUCGUCUUUAGACUGUAAAAAUGCUGCAAAAUCUUCAGACUCUGAUAUGGAUGAAGAAACACAACCGUUAACGCCGCAAGACUGGGCUGCAAGCUGUCCUAUGUCACCAACUUCAAGGGAUUCCACAGGAAGUGGAUGUACACAGAGAGGCCCUUGGGAUGACAAAGAGUUAGAGGAAGAGCCAACUGGAGUGUACGCUACAAGUUCUGAGGGCUCUGCCAAAAAAAGGACCAAAAUAACAGACUUCUUUUCAGGAGCUUCGUCACCGAGCUUACCUGUGAAAAGGGGCCGGCCAGAUACAUCCUCAGACGGCGAUCGAGACAAGAAAACAACACCUGCUGAGGUCAGAUGGUUGGGAACGCCAAUCGGUGAGCUGAAGAGGAUGCCAAGAUGUGGAGGAACCCUUCCACCACUUAAGGAUGAUCCUGACCAGCACACCGUCCUGAUUAGGACAGACCUUCUUCAAAAUGGUAGAGUUCCUGCUCCAUAUCCCUCUAAGUUUAUGGAUACCUGGGAUAAUGUCCAUGUUAGGAUGCCCUGCUCAAGUAGAAACAUAUUUCUCGUCAAAGAUGAGGAACUGCAGAACCUUCAAAAAAAGCAAGUUUGGGAACAGAUCAAGGAAGCUUUAACCCAGAAAUUUAAAAGUGCGGAUGAGCUAAAGAGCAAAAUACUUAGAUACUCACAAGCCAAAAACGGGGACUUCACAGCACUGCAUUGGUUCUGCACUAAGGUCCUGGAGCCUGAUGCUGUUGAACAUCUGCUGCCAAACAUGGCAAAAUUAGCACUGAGAGCAUCUGAGCUCUGCACCAAGCCAAUACCCCUCCUGAAAAGAGGCAAGAACCACUCCAUCACCAUGUCUCAGGAGCAGGUGGCUUGCCUGCUUGCCAACGCCUUCUUUUGCACUUUCCCCACACAGACGGAGCCCUGCAACUACCCAGACAUCAACUUUUUCAGGUUGUUUAAGGGAUCCUCUUCAAAGAAAGUGGAAAAGCUGAAAACGUUGAUGAGCUAUUUUAAAAGUGUCACUCAACAGAUGCCCACUGGACUUGUGACAUUCAGCCGAAGAAAACUGGAUAAACCGCCCAACUGGAGGAGCUCGAGGACGUUGCUCACGAAGCUCCACAUUACAUGCAAAGGGACCAUUGAGGAUGAUGGUUAUGGAAUGCUUCAGGUGGAUUUUGCCAACAAGUUUGUCGGAGGAGGCGUCAUCGGUUCUGGUCUCGUUCAAGAGGAAAUCCGUUUCCUCAUUAAUCCCGAGCUAAUCGUGUCUCGUCUCUUCACGGAAGCUCUGGAUGAUAAUGAAUGUCUAGUUAUCACAGGAACACAGCAGUACAGUACAUACAAAGGUUACAGUGAGACCUACAAGUGGAGUGGCAGCCACCAGGACAGAACUCCAAGAGAUGGCUGGCAGAGAAGGUGCACAGAGAUUGUGGCCAUCGAUGCUCUAAAGUUUAGAAGCUUUCUCGAACAAUUCCAACCAGUUAAAAUCAACCGGGAACUUAAUAAGGCUUACUGCGGCUUUGCCCACCGUGAGAAGGAAAGUCAACAGCUUGCAGCAGUGGCAACAGGAAACUGGGGCUGCGGCGUUUUUGGAGGUGACACACGUCUGAAAGCUCUGAUCCAGAUGCUGGCAGCUGCUGAGGCGGGCCGAGACGUAGCUUAUUUCACUUUUGGUGACAGCCAGCUCAUGACAGAUGUCCACAACAUGCACUCUUUCCUCACUCAGAGGAACAUCACUGUUGGGGAGGUGUAUGAUCUCCUGGGGCAGUACUACAGCUCCGUGUGCAGGAGCAGCCUCACUCAGCGCCCUGAUGUCAGCCUCUACUCCUUCAUCUACGCACAGGUCAGCUCCUCUGAGGCGCCCAGCGACUCCAACUGAGGUUCAGCCAGACAACACACACCCACACAGCGCCAUUCAGGCUGCGUGGCUGAUGAGUCACUGAAAUUAAUCUUUAAAGAAUAA